AAUGUCGCGGGAGCACAAAUCGAACAAGUCACUUCAAACUUUGAUUUCGUUUACCGUCGUAAAAUUACGAGUUCUUUGACGAUUUUUACGAGAAUUUGAAUUGAAAUUUGAUGCAGGCGUUGUAAGUAACGUUGUUAGUCAAAACAAUGUUACUCGUGUCUCGGUUUAAAAAGAACAUUUUAUAAGACAAUAUCGCCAGAGGAUAUCCCUUGUCUUUUUUGUUUUAAUGUUGAAUUUGCUUCCUCUUCCAAGAGAUAAUGAUGCUUCUACUACAGUCUAUAGCGAACCCUUUGGAAAAAUUCUUUAGUAGUUUUAUGGAUGCAUUCCACCGUGGGUGAAAGUAAAAUUUCCCAAAUCAUGAAAAUCCUAGUCGUUAGUCUUCUUCUCUUCCUUCAGGGUAUUCAAUCAGCGCCAUGGUCUCCGUCUUGUCCUCACGAAUGCUGGUGUCACGAAUCCUACUUGGCCAGCAUAGUCGACGAAUGGCAUCUACUCAAUAAAAUGCAGCCGGAUUCAUCCGCCAGCCCCAAUAGCAGCGCCCUUAAUGACCUAUUAUUCCGUGCCGUAAUUUGUGUCCAACAACACGACAUGGAAAUUGAAACCCUAUUGGCCCGCUUGCCGUCUCAAACCGAGGCCAUGAAGAUUAUCCAAGCAUCCGACGCACCGGAAAUCCGCUUGACGGCCACUCAUUUGUCGAAAUUUGUCAACUUGAGAGCUCUGGGUCUCGAAGGAUCUCAACAACAGGAGUCUAGUAGUGCGCCAUCAAUCAUUUUACAUUCGGAUAGCCUCAAAUCUUUGAUUCAACUUCAAUAUUUGAGUCUUGUCAACUUGGAAUUGCUGGAUCAGCCUUCGCCGGAACCGGUCACGGUGGUCGAAAUAGCCGACGACGAACAAUCAGCCCCUUCACAACGGUUGACGUAUGACGUUCCCGAAGAAAUCCUGCCUUACGAAGAGUUCAAAAAGUUGCACCAGCAAACGGAACUAAGCGUUCCGUGGAAUGGCUUUUCAAUGUUGACCCAACUCGAGUAUUUGCUGAUCGUCGGUUGCCAGUUGCCGGAAGCUUUUAGCACGGGUCACUCUGGUGCGUUCACGAGUCUGAGUCAUCUGAAAGAGUUGACCAUCCGCACGAGUCAACUGCGAGUGCGGCUGGAAAUGGAACCGGGCGAUUUAAUGGAAUUGGAAUCCCUUUCGCUAGCGGACAACGAGUUGCUGGAGAUCAAGCCGGGCGAGCUGCAAGGAAUGGGCGCACUCCAGCAGCUCGAUCUGUCCGGUAAUCAGUUGACUCACCUCACCGAAAACUCUUUCCCUUUCCUGCCCGAUUUGGAAUCGCUGGAUUUGAGCGACAAUCCGCUUUCGACUCUCUACCCAAACACUUUCGCCAACGUCUCGUCCAUCCGCCGCCUUUUACUCGGAUCUUAUCGCUGGAAGGAAGGCGAAAUCGUCGUCAACCGAGAGCCCUUGGAAGGCAUGCAGGUCGUUUCCAUGGAGUUUGAACCUGACAGUUUCAACGGAUUGGUGAAAUUGCAGGAGCUCUGGAUCAGUCAGGGCCCCCCUUGAAGGAAAUAAAAGCCUCGAUUCAAACUACUUUAAAGAUUUGCUUUCCAUUUCCGAGUUGCAUCUACGCGGGCGGAUCGUAUCGAUCGACGCCGACACGUUCAAGGCCAACCGACGACUUCAACAUCUCUACUUGAAAAACUGUCAACUCCGCCGCUUGAGCGUCGACGCUUUCCAAUCGUUACGCAAAUUGCGCCUUUUAGACCUGUCGUCCAACCAACUGGUCCAGCUUCCGCCGGGCCUGUUCGACCCUGUCGUCUCGUUAAAAGAAUUGUGGCUCAACGGCAACAAGUUGACGACUGACGUAAUAUUUUGGGGGGAGCAACUCUUUAGGCGUGAAAAUGUGUUCACAGCUCGAAGCAGAGCAAUUUUUCCCUUCUGUUUCUUGGCCAGCAAUAUCGGAUGGGGGUCUAUUGUUGGUGUUGGUCUCCUGUAACGGAAUACGCUGCUUUAUUUGAAAAUUCUGAGUUUUUUAAACGAUUGUAAAUCAAAUGAAAUCAUACUGAAGAAAAGUAAAGACAAUGCGCUGCUGA